AUGGAGACCAGAGUGAUGCUAGAGGAAAGACGAGAGGAGGCACAGAGGGGAGGGGGCAGAGAACUGGCCUGCUGGGACUCUGAGGAGCACAGGGACUGGCCUCCUGCUGGCAUCUUCAAAAGCACGUGUAAGAUCGACGUGCGCUGGUUCCCGUUUGACGAGCAGCGCUGCGAGCUGAAGUUCGGCUCCUGGGUUUACAACGGCUGGGCCCUGGACCUGAACAUGACGGAGGCCGACCUGAGCGGGUACACGCCCAACGGGGAGUGGGACCUCGUGGAGGUUCCUGGGAUUAAGACAGAUAGGAUCUACCCGUGCUGUCCCGAGCCGUACCCGGACAUCACCUACACCGUGGUCAUGCGGAGGCGGACCAUCUACUACGGACUCAACCUGCUCCUCCCCUGCAUCAUCAUCUCCAUCCUGGCCCUGCUGGUGUUCAUGCUGCCUGCUGACUCUGGGGAGAAGAUUUCACUGGGCAUCACGGUGCUGCUCUCCCUGUCUGUCUUCAUGCUGCUGGUGGCAGACACCAUGCCCGCCACCUCAGACUCUGUACCUUUGAUAGCUCAGUACUUUGCCACCACCAUGGUCAUCGUGGGUCUGUCGGUGAUCGCCACAGUGCUGGUCUUACAGUGCCACCACCAUGACCCCAACGGAAGCAAGAUGCCCAACUGGAUCCGCGUGUUUCUGCUGAACUGGUGUGCACGGUUCCUGUGGAUGAAGCGUCCUGGGGAGGACAAGUCUGGCUCUAGCUGCCCCCUCAAAGGCAUGGAGACUGCCCACCCCACACUGGGAGCCUACAACAACAACCCCAACUUCACUGCUGCCACCUCCCCAGACUCCGGAGUCAUGAGUGUCAAGCCGCCCCAGUCUGGAGAUCCAGAACUGAACAAGAUCCAGGACGAGCUGAGAUACAUCACCAAGCGCUUCCGGGACAACGACGAGCAGGGAACGGUGUGUAACGAGUGGAAGUUCGCUGCGUCCGUCAUCGACCGCCUCUGUCUCGUGGCCUUCUCCUUCGUCACCAUCCUCUGCACCAUCUGCAUCCUCAUGUCCGCUCCCAAAUUUGCGGACGCCAUCUCCAAAGACCUGGUCAAGAAUUAG